AGCUCGAGGACUUCGUGGAGGACAGCUGUGGACACUCCUCGAUGUGCUGCUAUCUGUGACUGGAGUUUGCGGAGUUAUGCGGUCAGCGAGUCUCGACUGCGGGGUUUCGCGACGAUGACUUUUGGAACGCGGCUGUCGUAUAAAAAUUGCCUGCGUUUACUUAUAGUUAUAGUUUAAUUUUGUUUAACGACAGACUCGCGGCGAUCAUUAUCGCUGCUUCUGACUCGCACACACUGUAUAUAUAGAUACGCAAGACAAGUACGCGAGAGGAUGCGAUGUUACGGGCAGUGGCGCGCGUGAGAUCACCGUGUGCACGCGCGGUUAUCACGACGAGCCGUCGCCGUCGUGCAUGCAGCAGUUUAUUAUCUUAUCCGCCCAGUGCUGCGUUGUCCGUCCGCCGCCGCCGCCGCCGCCGCCGCCGCCGCUGCCGCCGCCAAGACGACGGCACACCGUACCUAGUGAAAGUGUUUUCGCGACCACAGUGCAGCAUAGCAGAGAUUGUUAUGGUUCGUAGCCACUGAUUCCACGACGUCGUCGACGAGGAUAAUAAGUGUGUGGUCAUCCUUGCGCGGCGGUCCAAGCACGGAGGACGGGGAGGGGGAUAUAGGAGAGGCUCUUAUUGUUCAUUUGGAGUGCGUCGAGGAAUCGAGCGCGAGCCACUAAUGACCAUGAAGAAACAAUUUUUCAGGGUCAAGCAGCUCGCUGACCAAACCUUCUCCAGAGCGGGAAAAACAGAGGUUUUGACGGACGACUUGCAAGCUGCGGAUAAACAUGUCGAGCAGAUUAGGGCUGCUCUCAUGGGGCUCAGUAAAAGACUUGCGACGAAUAAACCCAGUGAAUCCAACACUCAGGAUUCUGCUCACAAAGAAAAGCGCCUUAAAAAAUGUCCAGAGUAUGUUUUGGGCCAGACAAUGUUGGAAAAUGCAGGCGACGAAGGGCUCAUGAGCUAUACGCUGCUCGAGUGUGGAAGAGCACAAGUGGCCUUGGCCAAUGAGACAGUAGAUCAUGAAGCCAAAGUUGAACAAUACGUUGCAGCUCCGUUACAGCAUAUUUUGGAGACGGAUGUUCCAAAUAUCCUUAAGCAUAAAAGGAAUUUACAGCGUCUAAUUCUGGAUAUGGACAGCACUAGAGCACGAUAUCAUCAAGCUAGUAAACACAAUACAGGAUUAACUAGUAGUGGAGCAACCAAGGUAGAUAGCUUGAGAGAUGAACUCGAAGAAGCUGAAACCAAAGUAGAACAAUGUCGAGAUCAGCUAGCUGCUGAAAUGUUCCAGCUCAUGUCGAGAGAAACAGAGCUUGCUCAAACAAUUAUACAAUAUGUUAAACUUCAAAGAGCAUAUCACGAGAGUGCCUUGCACUGUCUUGAAGAUCUUAUUCCAGAUCUUGAAUGUUACAUAAAUGAUAAUGAAAGCAAGCCCGUUUAUGGAUACUCUUUAGAAGAGCAUCUUCGAGUUACGAAUAGAAAAAUAGCGUUGCCCAUUCAACUCUGCGUUUCGGCUCUUCUGAGGCUAGGAAUGGAAGAGGAAGGACUUUUCAGGAUAGCCAGUGGUGCUUCGAAAUUGCGAAGAAUGAAACUUAGCUUUGAUGCUUGCUGCUUGACUCUUCCAAUUGCCCUGGAAUACAAGGACCCUCAUGUGAUAGCUGGAGCGCUCAAGUCUUACCUCCGGGAGCUGCCAGAACCUUUGCUUACCUUCAAAUUGUAUUCCGAAUGGAUGGCAGCUUCAAAGAUCCCUCAAAGUGACGCAAGGCUUCGGGUACUUUGGGAGGUACUACACAAAUUACCAACAGUGAAUUAUGAAAACUUAAGGUUCCUAAUUAAAUUUUUUGCCGCCUUGACGAAAAAUCAAGACGUCAACAAAAUGACACCUCAUAAUAUUGCAAUAGUCGUCGCACCCAAUCUAAUUUGGAAUUCUCAGGAGGAUGCAACUAGUAUAGUGAUGGACACAGCUAAUAACUCUAGUCUGAUCGUGGAUCAACUGAUAACAUACGCCGACUGGUUUUUCCCAGGCGAGAUCGACUUUGAUCGCGAAUUGGAGCUGCAGCAGGGCAUCGUCAAUGGCUCAGCCGAGAGCAAUAUCAGCACAACGGUGGACAUGCGGCGCUGCGUCUCCAACAGCAGUCUGAGCGAUCACGGCGAAAGUCCCACCCAAGGCAGUCCCAAGCCGGCGACCCGUCGAAAAAACAAACCCGCGCCCACUCCACCAAGCGCUUCAAACACGCCCGAUAAGGUGUGCAUACAACCAGUUCACCAUCAACACCAUUACGAGAAGAGACCCGACGAUAAGCCACCUCCGACACCAGAGAAGCCGCCCAGGCCUAUUGUUACAGCCAGCAGCACGCUCAACAGACAUACGUACAAGACUCAGCAGGAUAACGGCAGCUGCUCUCCUAGUAGUAAGCAAGCUAGCAGCAUCAAAAGCAUGGAAAGCGAUGUGAAGCCCAUGGGAUUCGAAGUGAUCAACCGAUCCGACUUUAUCGAUAAAAGUUGGUCUGAGCAAGACCAAGUUGAAAUUGCAUCAACUGGUAAAAUCGAAAAUCAAAGAAAAGACAGCAAAGAGGAAAAAAUGAACAACAGUCUUAUAGGUUUUGAGGCACUGAGUUUAAAGGCAGUCGAAUCAUCAACACCGGACAAUAUGAACAAAUCCGUCUAUGAGCAACAGCAAUCAUCGAUGCUGGAAGGCGUUGACAAGUCACUGUUGGACUCGACGAAAUCAAAACCAUCACCAUCGUCGACUUGGGAAAGACGCAAGUUUCCUGUCGCCGCGCCGCGCACGACCAUAACGACCAAUAUAACGACCAAUCCACAAGAAGAGACUGCUGCUGUCGAGUUUCGCAAGAAACCUGCAGAUGGGAAUAAUGUGACGUCUGUUGAUCGGAACAGCAAACCAGCCAUACCAGAACGACCAGCUGGUCUUGCUCGGCCUUCCAGUUUAAUUCGUCAACAUCAUCCUCGACAUAGCAAUGAGAAUCUAGAUUCAGACUCAGGGCAUCAGCAGCAGCAGCAGCAGCAGCAGCAGCAGCAGCACUUGACAGCUCUGGAACGAACCCACACGUAUUCGGUAGACAAACCGCAGGUCAGUAUAAUACAAGUGUUCGAAAGUGACGGCUUCGACAGCAAUGCAGACAACGUCAUCACGAGUAGUUCAACAAUCAACUUGCAGAGAAGUCCGAGCGUGGGCAGCAGGCCGGUCUCGAUGUCUCUCUCGGCAGAGAAGCCACCGCGUCCUGAUCUGCCCGAGUCAUCCCCACUGAACGUCUGCAGCAACAGGUCGCACUCUAGGACGCGCUCCGAGGGUAAUAUCGUGGACGUUCAUACCCAGACGCAAACAGUAAUCGUAUCUAAAGCCCCGGUCGGCCAACAGCAGCAGCAAGGACCGCCGCCGGCCUCGCCAAGAUUCCAUCAGCGGCCACCCAGGCCACAGCCACCCCCGCCACCACCACCCACUACUGCUGCUGCUGCGGUACGAUCCAAGAGCGACAGCGAAAGCACAAAUCUUUAGAAAUUAUUGAGAAUUCGAAUGGAUGUAAUGGUAUGUACAUGUCAAGUAUGAUAAGAUGAUAAAACAAAUUUUAUGCAGGUCUUUUGUAUAACUACUUUUUAUACUGCUUGUAAAAAUUAAUUACACCAAUGCGAUUACGUUCAAGAGAAGCGCGAAAGAAACAAAAUGUAUCGAUGAACAGAUAGAUUCCGCCCGUGGUAUCUUAACCACGCACAAAUUCUAUAGUUGUGCUUGCAUUUAAUAUUUGGUUAUUGUUCAGUGUCGAGAUUUCACUAUAGAUUCGAUUUUUUUAUUGCUUGUCUGUAUAUACUAUACAUAAAAGAGUUUUAAUUGUAUUAAAAUACAAAAAUUGAACAAUGCGAUUAUUGCAGCGUGAUAGAGCUCCAAUUGUAUUAUGCCGUUGCUGUGCUAUAAAUUGUUACAAGUGAUUAUUUAAAAUAAUUAUUUCUGGAUUCAAGCGAUCUGUAUGCAAUACGUGCUCGCUAAAGAAAAUUAUCGAUGUAAUGAGAAAACGGCCUUAUAUACUUGUUGACUAGGAAUAUCUCGCGAGGUUCUAGUUUUUAUUAUUAUCAAGUGUUUUGUAGUAAUUAAAAUUUUAUAUUUCAACGGUAAAAAAAUAAAUUGUAUGUGUGUAUAUCAUAAUUGGUAUAUUUGGCAUGCGCAUUUACCUAAUGAAAGCUCAGGCUGUGAAUACAUUGGAGCAUGUAUUUGUAAAUAAUAAAAAA